AUGGUCGUCUGCCCAAUAUGCAGCCGUAAUGUCAAAACCUCCGAGAUCAAUAGCCACAUCGACUCCCAAUGCACAACCUUUAUACUCGACAGCGAUGCCAGCACAGGUGGCGCCAAUGGCCAACACCAGUCCUCUCCAACGCCGUCGCAGAAUGCCGCUCCUCCUUCCUCUACCAUAACCAAGCGGUCAGCCGCCGACUUUUUCGCUGCACCGGCCGCCAAACGACAGGCCACCGCCUCCAAAAUCUUGGCCCCCGCCAUCAACGGCUCAGCGAAUGGGCCAGGUCACAACUCUUCAGGCCAGGCAGAUGAUCUCACCGCCGACACACCAAUGACCGAGGCGCUACCACUGCCCGCGCCGCCGGUCAAGAAGCACAAACCAAACAGGGCGGCUCCUCUCGCCGAGCGCAUGCGACCCAGCACCCUGGAUGACGUCGCUGGGCAGGACCUCGUUGGGCCCAAUGGCGUGUUGCGAGCCCUUAUCGAGUCGAAUUCAAUGCCGUCAAUUAUUCUGUGGGGGGGAUCGGGCACAGGCAAGACCACCAUCGCCCGAUGUAUCGCCAAGAUGGUCGGCAGCCGCUUUGUGGAGAUCAACGCGACGAGCUGUGGGACGGCCGAGUGCAAGAGGCUGUUCCAGGAUGCUGCGAACGAGCAGUCGCUCACAGGGAGGAAGACCAUAAUAUUCUGCGACGAGAUACAUCGCUUCAGCAAAUCCCAACAGGACGUGUUUCUGAAGCCUGUCGAGACCGGCACCAUCGUCCUCGUGGGCGCGACCACGGAGAACCCUUCGUUCAAGGUCCAGGCGGCGCUUCUCUCCCGAUGCCGCACAUUUACAUUACAGAAACUGAGCUCGGCCGACAUCUCGAGCAUCCUGGUGAGGGCGCUGAAGCAAGAACUCGAGGACGAUCCAUCCAAGCUAUCGCCGCUAAUAGACGAGGAGCUGUUGGACUAUCUCUCCGCCUUUGCAGACGGCGACGCUCGCACAGCGCUCAACCUGCUCGAGCUCGCGCUGUCGUUGACGACCAAGUCAGCCGCGGACCGCUCCACGCCACUCACUAAGCAAGACAUCAAGGCUGCCCUGACAAAGACACUUGUCUACGACCGAGCAGGCGAUCAGCACUAUGACACCAUUUCGGCGUUCCACAAGGCGGUCCGCGGCUCAGACCCAGACGCUGCGCUCUACUACCUCGCGCGCAUGCUUCAGUCCGGCGAGGACCCGCUCUUCAUUGCCCGCCGCAUGGUUGUCAUCGCCUCAGAGGACGUCGGCCUGGCAGACAAUACCAUGCUCCCCCUCGCGACGGCAAUGUACACGGCCGUGCAGCAGAUCGGCAUGCCCGAGGCGCGGAUCCCCAUGGCUCACUGUGCCACGGCCCUGUGUCUCGCCCCCAAGAGCACGCGGGCCUACCGAGGCCUGAACAACGCUUAUGCUGCGCUGAGAGAACCAGGCGUGGCAGCGCUCCCCGUGCCGAUCCAUCUCAGGAAUGCGCCGACGAGGCUGAUGAAGGAGAUGGGCUACGGCGCCGACUACAAGUACAACCCCAAUUAUCGAGACGGCAAGGUGAGGCAGGACUAUCUGCCCGAGCAGCUGGUCGGAAGGCGUUUCCUGGAGGAUAGAGACUUGGGUACCGAGGUUGACCCUGAUCUAGACAUGAAGGGUUGA